CCGUAAUUCGUGAGUCCACUUCACACCGGAGUGUGAAAACAAAACCCGUAAUCCCUUAGCAGCGCUUUAGUGAUCAUCAGUGACCUACCAUGGCGUCCCCGAACGCGACAACCUCGUCCAACUACUGGGACUUCUUGUUCACCGAGCUGGCCGAUCCACGGACGAACCACUGGCCGCUCAUAUCAUCACCGGUGCCUGGCCUUACGAUAAUCGCUAGCUACCUGUACUUUGUGCUCAACUUCGGCCCUAAGUACAUGGCUAACCGUAAGCCGCUGCAGAUGCAGAAGACCCUGGUCGUGUACAACUUUAUCCAAGUGCUAGUUAGCGUGUAUCUGUUCGCUGAGGGUCUUGAUGGUGCCUGGCUCCGACACUACAGCUGGAGAUGUCAACCGGUGGACUUCAACGACAACCCCGCCGCCAUGAGAGUUGCCCGUGGCUGUUACAUCUACUUCCUGGCCAAAAUCUCGGAACUGCUGGACACGGUGUUCUUCACGCUGCGGAAGAAAGACAACCAGAUCACCUUCCUGCACCUGUACCAUCACACCGUGAUGCCGAUGAUCUCGUGGGGUGCCACCAAGUACUACCCGGGAGGACACGGCACAUUCAUCGGGGUGAUCAACUCGUUCGUACACAUCGUCAUGUACACCUACUACAUGAUGGCGGCCAUGGGACCUCAGUACCAGAAGUACCUCUGGUGGAAGAAGUACAUCACAAACCUGCAGAUGGUUCAGUUCGGUAUGGCGUUCGGUCACUCAGCUCAGCUCCUGUGGACGGACUGUGGUUACCCGCGCUGGUCAGUGUUCUUCACCCUCCCGAACGCGAUCUUCUUCUACAUGUUGUUCAACGACUUCUACAAAAAAUCUUACGGCUCAAAGAAGGCCUCCACCACCGGAGCAACCGGAGCUCAACCCGUCACUGCCGACACAUCCAGCGCCAGCAAAACGCCACCAACGGAGAACAACAACUCACUCAAAGUCGCCAGCAAGGAGCUGUGACCGGUCACGACCGAUCGCGGUGUUCCGAGAUCCACAAGUCUUCACAAACGCAACCAAUAGAUAUCAGAGAAUGGCGCAGCCAUCACGCCCGGCGUGGAGGCCGGCCAGUCCUACCUGCACCACUGCUCCCGUUCGCGUCCAGGCAAGGCGCGAGUGUCCUCGUCCGAGAACCGAACGGGAUGAGCCUGGCGGGCCAACCGAGCAGUUACCGAUAGUUACCCCCCAGUUUGGCCGCAGCAAAGGGCUCACACCAAGGGGAUGGCGAAGCGAAACCGUAAGCGAGUGAUCGAGUCCGAAUCGAACGGUUAGGUAGCGAUCUAGUGUAAUCUUUUAGCUGUAAG